AUGGCCAGUAUUUCAGUAGAUCAGUUGUCGGUGGUUCAGUUCAUCUGUCCAGUGUGUCUGGAUCUCCUGAAGCAUCCGGUGACUACUCCCUGUGGACACAGUUUCUGCAAGGUGUGUAUUAAUCGCUUCUGGGAUCAAGAAGAUCUGAGGAGGAUCUACAGCUGUCCCCAGUGUAGAGAGACUUUCACUCCAAGGCCUGUUCUAGGCAGGAACAACAUACUGGUUGAAGUGGUGGAGAAACUGAAGGAGACUGAACUCCAAGCUUCUGCUCACUGUUACGCUGGACCUGGAGAUGUGGAGUGUGAUUCCUGCAUUGGGAGAAAACACAAAGCAGUUAAAACCUGUCUGGUGUGUCUGGCCUCCUUUUGUGAAGAUCAUCUUAAACCUCACUUUCAGGCUCCUGCCUUUAAGAAGCACAAGUUAGUUGAAGCCUGUGCAGAGCUCCAGGAGAAGAUCUGCUCUCGACAUGACAAACUGCUCGAGAUCUACUGUCGUACUGACCAAAGCUUCAUCUGUUACUUGUGUACGAUGGAUCAACAUCAAGGCCAUGAUACAGUUUCAGCUGUAGCAGAAAGAACUGAAAAACAGAAUGAGGUAAAGGAGGAGCAGAUGAAAUCCCUGCAGAGGAUCCAGGAGAAGCAGAAGAUGGUGCAGGAGCUGAGACAGACUGUGGACACUAUUACGAGGCGUUCACAGUCAGCAGUAGAUGAGAGUGAGAAGACCUUUACUGAGCUGAUCAGCUCCAUGGAGAAAAAGCGCACGAAGGUGAAGGAACUGAUCAGAGCUCAGGAGAAAGCUGAACUGAGUCGAGCUGAACGACUCCUGAAGCAACUGGAGCAGGAGAUUGCUGAUCUUAAGAGGAGAGUCACUGAGCUGGAGCAGCUUUCACACACACACGAUCACAUCCACUUCCUCCAGAGUUUCCCGUCUCUCUGUGUUUCUCCUGGAUCUGAUGACUCACCCAGCAUCACUGUCAAUCAACAUCUCUCAUUUGAUGGAGUGAGGAAAUCUCUCUCAGAUCUGAAAAAACAAGUCGAGGAACUUUGUGAGGAGGAAUUCAACAAAAUCCGUCCACAAGCUGCAGCAGUUCAGAUGAUUUCACCCUCAGAACCAAAGAGCAGAGAAGAUUUUCUGCAGUAUUUCUGUUGUCUGACUCUGGAUCCCAACACAGCACACCGUCAACUCAUUCUGUCUGAGGAGAACAAAGCGGUGACACUUAGUAAUACACGACAGCGAUACCCUGAUCAUCCAGAGCGAUUUGACUCCAGGCCUCAGGUCUUGAGUAAGGAGAGUGUGAGUGGACGUUGUUACUGGGAAGUGGAGUGGACCAGUGAUGUUGGUGUGUCUAUAUCAGUCUCGUAUAAAGAGAUCAGCAGGAAAGGGCAGUUUAACGAGUGUGAAUUUGGAUUCAACAAUCAGUCCUGGAGUCUGGGGUGUUUUUUUCAUUCUUUUUUUUUCCAGCACAACGAGACCAAAACUGAGCUCCAAGAUCCAAUAUCCUUCAGAAUAGGAGUGUAUGUGGAUCACAGUGCAGGAACUCUGUCCUUCUACAGCGUCUCUGACCCGAUGAGGCUCCUCCACAGAGUCCACACCACAUUCACUCAGUCUCUGUAUGCUGGGUUCAGGAUAGUUCAUUAUGACUCAAUUAUAAGGUUAAGUGACCCAUAAUGAAAUGUUCAGUGAAAUUGCUUGUGUUGGUAGAUCUUAGUGCAGCUUUUACUACAAUAUUUACCUAGACAGUUUAUAAAAUGUUAGUUAGGGGAACCUGGAUCAUGUCUUAAUGUAAACAGUGACUACUCUAUGUAUACAAAUAUACUAUAUACACUAUAUGGCCAAAAGUAUGUGGACACCUGAUCAUCGUACUCGUAUGUGCUUGUUGAACAUCUCAUUCCAGUGUUGUUUCCCUCCCUGCUAUAAACAACAUCUCUUCGGGCAAGGCUUCCCUCUAAAUUUUGUAAUGUGGCUGUGCAUAUUUGUGCCUAUUAAGCCACAGGAGCUUUACUGAGGUCAGACCCUGCUAUUGGUCAAGAAGUCCUGGUGCGUAGUUGUCAUUCCAGUUCGUCCCAAAGGUGUGCGGUGGGGUUGAGGUCAGGGCUCUUUGCAGGACACUCGAGGUCAUUCAUGCGAGUCUUGUAAAACCAUGUCUUCAUGGGCCUAGCUUUGUGCCCAGGGGCAUUGUUAUGGUGGAAUACAUUUGUGCUCCUCACCUCCACUCAAGGGAAAUUGAAAUGUUACAGGGUACAAAGACAUUUUAUACAAUUGUGGACCUACUAAUUUGUGGCAAUGGUUUGGGGAAGAACUACAUUUGGGUGUGAUGGUCAGGUGUCCACAUACUUUUGGCACAUUGGAAACUCCUUCCAUGAAUGUUAAAUAAACUUCACCCACUUUAUAAAUCUGUUUAUGUGGAAUGUUAACUGUACAAGUAGCCACUUGCAUGAAAAGAAGACAAUACAGUGUAGUGGGAUGCACAAAAAAGCUCCACAAAACUUUGUUCAGCAAAUUAAACAUGAUUCAAUGUUAUAUCCAGGGCACAAAUAGGUGUUUAAAUGUAACUAAUUAGUAACCAAAAUGUUUGUGCUUUGGGAUGAUUUCCCAUCUGUGUUCCAUGCAAAUGCUUAGAUUUUUCAGCUGUAGUGCAAAAAUAUACUAUCGCCUUCAAACCCUGUCCAUGUUCAUCAUCAUGUCCACCACUGUGCAGUAAUCAAGCUGUGUGUGCAUGCAUGUGUUUUCACUGAGCUAAAAAACAGACAAGGCAUUCUCCUUUCUCAUGUCCUCUUGGCCUGCACGUAGUUCUGUAGUUUACGCACAGUGGAUUCAUCCAAGGAGAAAAGGUCGAAGUCAAACGUGGUUUUGGUGACGUUGAAGUGUCCGGUCUUUUCAAUAAGGUUUACGAUCUAAAACACAAACAAAAUGAGUGUUAACUCCUAUGUUUAUUUUGGGUGAAGAAGCCACAAUUGUUUAAAAAAAAAAAAAAAAAAAAAGAUUGUAUUUCAUAUACUUUGUUCAGUUUGUCUAGAGGUGAUGUCCAGCUUAUUUCAAUUAAAUACAAAGUAAGCCUUAUAAAUUACUGGUGUUUGCUAACAAGUGUGUUAGUAAGUCAGUCAGUCUAUCAACUGGUCUGCUAAUUAGUUAAGUCUGUGAAUAAAUGAGUCAAUCAGUGAGUCAGUCAAUUGGUCAGGGAGUGACUCACUGAGCCAGUUAGAUAGAAUUUCAUUGAAUCAGUGAGUCAAUUACUGAUCGGUGAGUGAAAUCUAAAGUGAGUCAUUGAAUCAGUCAGUGAGUUAAUCAGUACAUCAGUCAGUAAGAGUUUUUGAAACACUGUAAGAUGGGUAGUUACUCAGUGAAUGAUCGAGUGCAACUCUUUGUUAGUGAGUCAGUGAUUCAAUGAGUGUCUCAGUCAAUCAGUAAACUAGUCAAUCGGUGAAUCAAUGAGUUAGUCAGUCUGUGAACGAGUAAGCCCAACAGUGAUUCAGUAAGCGAGUCAGUCUGUAAGUUAGUGCGUCACUCAGUGAGUCAGUCAGUCAAUGAGCAAGUGAAUCUGUUCCUCAGUGAGUCAGUCCAUGAUUCAGUAUGUUAUUAGGUUAAUCAGUCAGUUAGUCCCUUAGUAAGUGAAGAAUUAUGGUUUUUGAUUCUAGCUCUAACUGUUCAUAUUAAUAGCAUGGUAUGUACUUUUCAGACUUUUUUGAGAAUGCUAAUCACUUCAAGAUUCAUAUGUUAAUGGAAACUUCCUCACAGAGCAUCUGUUGUGAACAGGAAUGUGCUUUCGAAGGCCUAGGAGACCUUGGGUUAGCAGCUUGGGUAAGAUGUUUUAAGAAAAGGCUUUUGUAUGUAGGGAGGGCAGUUGAGGACUGAACACUGAUGGGACAACACCUGUGUAUGUACAUGAAGCUUCAAUAAAACUAUUCCUCUUCUC